ACUUUCCCUUCCUUUUGACUGUAUUUUCAAAAAAUAAUUAAAAAUAAAUAAGCUGAGGUUUUCCUGCAUUUAUUUAUCAGGAAAAGAUUUCCUGAUUCUGUCCCUUUAAAAACAAAUCACAGUGACCUUCCUUAGCAACCUUGUUGCUAAGAUGGGCAUUUUUGUUAUGCCAGACUGUUGAUUGCAACUUCAGAAGUACUGCUUAAGAAAAUCCAGUCAGGUAUCGAUUGCUGCAAACAUGAAUUUCAACGAAGAAUCCCAGAUGAUGGCUAUGGAGGAGGUGUUAGGCGAGCACCAGGCCUCCGCGGAAAAGCUGAAGCGGACUCCGAGAGCUCAGCCCCGGCGCAGAGAGCAGCCCCUGCUGGAGGCGGUUGGUCCCGCUGUGCUGCUGGCGGAGGAGGCGGAGAAGGACGGAGCCGGGAUGGCGGCGCCUGCAGCCGCUGCCCGAGCACCGCGCAGCUUGCCUCCUGUCCCUUCUACGUCAAGAACAAGCUUUGCAGAAUUUUCCAUUAGGGAACGGAUGAGAGAAAAAUUAAAAGCUGCAAGGUCUAAAGCAGAAAAUGCUUUACUGCAAGAAGGUCCAAAUCCAAGACCAAGGCACUUAAAAAGCCUCAAGCAGAGAGAGUCAGAAACUAGAUGGGAAAAAGAGUCUGAAGAUGAGUCAAGGCACAUGCAAGAGGAUGAAUCCCAGAUGUCUUCUAGAGUCAAGUUUCGUGAUUCCGUCAAAAAACUCAAGCAAAAGUCACAUGUCCAGACUGAUUUUCCUUCUGCUGAAGAAGCCUAUAAGUUUUUUACUUUCAGUUUUGAUCCUGAGCCAGAGAAUAUAAAGGAUGAAACUAAGAGCAAAAAGAAGAGUGAAUCAAAUCAGGAGGAAGAGGAAGGGGAAGAACUGGAAUCUAUAGUAAGCCAUCAGCAAGAACAAACAGAGGAUGGAAUGGAUGAAGAGGACUGCCUUGUUAAUAAUAGAGAAGAUUUAUUCAUUAUAGAUCAAAUGGCUCGUGAUUUUCUAGUAGUAAAACCUGCAGACUACAAAAGCUAUUCUGAGCGACUACAGAAGGAAAGAGAAAUUUUGUUCACUCCAAGCAUCCUAACAGUGCCUAUGUCUCUGAAGGUGCCUGAAAACAUGCAGCCGAGGUACCUAGAAGAUGAGGGUCUUUACACAGGAGAAAGGCCCAUAGUGUCACUAUCUAAUCAAAACAUUCUAGAGAACAGAAUACUGAGACAGGAGCAGGGAAAAAGGUGGUUUGGAGAUGAUGGAAAACUCUUAGCAUUGCCUAGUCCAAUUAAACAAUCUUCUACGAGACCGCCAAUAUUUUCAUUGGAGGAAGGCAUAGAACCAGAACUUGAAACAUUGUAUAGAAAGGCAAUGAAACCUAUGCAUGCCAACCAAUAUAUUGUUGGAUCUGGGGACCCUCAGGGACAGUUUCAACUGGACGUUGAUAUUUCUGGGUUAAUAUUCACCCAUCAUCCCUGUUUUAGCCGUGAACAUGUUCUGGCAGCCAGAUUGGCUCAGUUGUAUGAUCAAUAUCUAGCAAGAAGACAGCAAAACCUUACCAAACUCCUUACAGAUAAGCUUCAUGCUCUGAGGAAUGCUGUACAGAGUAGUUUGGACAACAGUGGAACCAGUGUCCCAAAUUCUGUAGCACAACAGAGCGUAACUGAAUAUAAAUUUGUAAUCAGGCAAACCAGAAGACUUCGUGAUGCUGAACAAGAAAAAGACCGAACGUUGCUGAAGACUAUUAUAAAAGUUUGGAAAGAAAUGAAAUCCCUGCGUGACUUUCAGAAGUUUACUAACACACCCAUGAAACUCUAUUUGAGAAAGGAAGAGGUUGACCAGAGAUCAGAUAAAAAAAUCUAUGAAGCAGAAAUUCAGGCUGAAAUAAAUGAACUAUUAGAAGAAUACAUAGAAGAGUAUGAAAAGAAAAUGGAAGAAUACAAAACUGAGCUACAAGAGUGGAAAUCUUGGAAAAAGGCACAGAAGACCAAGAAGAAAAAGAAAAUAAAACAAAGUCAAGACCAAGAGGAAGAAGAAGCAGAGAACUCAGAAUAUGUUGAGGAACCAGUAAAACCCAUCCCUCCUAAGCUGGCUGAUAGCCUGGAGGUAGAGCAACAAGUUAGAGAAAAAGCCAUCAACAUCAGGAGGAAACCUGGAGAACCUGUUUUAAUUCCUGAGUUGAGCCUGAUGGGAAGUGUAACUCCUAAUGAUCUGUGCCCCAGGGCAGAAGUUUUAAGACGAGAAGAUGUAAAGAAACGUUCAGUGUUUUUAAAAGUUCUUUUCAACACUAAAGAAGUGUCGAGGACCAUCAGCCGGCAAAUAAGCUCAGACUUCAGAGUUCACUUUGGACAAAUUUUCAAUUUGAAAAUAUUCAAUUGGCCAGAGAGUUUGAAACUUCAGAUAUAUGAAACAAUGGGAUUCAGCAACACUAACUUGUUAGCAGAAAUGUUUAUACCUGUCCCUGAGACUACAGUUCUCACUGGUAGAGCUCGUACAGAAGAAAUAGAGUUUAGCAGCAACCAGCGUGUGAUGUUGGACCACGAAGGAGUUGGGAGUGGCGUGCCAUUUUCAUUUGAAGCUGAUGGUAGUAAUAAGAUUACUUUAAUGACCUCUGGCAAAGUGUCCAGUAGUGUUUCCUGGGCAAUUGGAGAAAAUGGAGUACCCUUAAUUCCUCUAGUAUCACAGCAGAAAACGGGGAUUCCAAGUGCUUUAAAAAAUAUUGAUGCUGUUGCGUCUAUUGGCACUUCAGGCUUAACCGACAUGAAGAAACUAGCCAAGUGGGCAGCAGAAACAAAGCUGGAUCCAAAUGACCCAAAAAAUGCAGAUCUGAUGCAGUUGAUAAUGGUUGCCACUAGUGGAGAUGCUUGUGUUCCUGGUUUCUUCAGACUGGAGCAAUUGCAGCAAGAGUUUAAUUUUGCUUCAGAUGAGGAACUUAACAGAUCAAAAAGAUUCCAACUCCUACAACUCAGACACAGAGAGGUGGCAGAGUUCCGUAAUUAUAAGCAAGUCCCUUUACUUGAAAGAGAAAUAACUGAAAAACUUUUUGAGAACUAUGAGAAAAGGCUCCAUGAGAGGGAUGUAAUUGACAGCAAAGAUCACCUAGAUGCGCACAGAGCUUUAGUUGCCAAGUAUCUCCAGAAGGUUAGAGAAUCAGUGAUAAACCGGUUUCUAACAGCAAAGCACCAUUUCCUUCUUUCUGACUUGGUAAAUGAAGAGGAGGUUCCUAGUCUUGGUAAUUUAGGACUCAGUCUUUUUAAACUGGCAGAGCCAAAGCGACCACUAAAGCCAAGAAGAAAGGAGAGGAAGAAAGUUACAGCACAGAAUCUAUCAGAUGGAGACAUAAAUCUUUUAGUGAACAUUAUUAGAGCUUAUGAUAUUCCAGUGAGAAAACCUGUUUUAAGCAAACUUCAACAGCCAUCCAGAUCUUCAAGGUCCUUUAAUGAGAUGUUUGCAGCAUCUCCAUCGCCUCAGAGCCCAACCCACAGCAUUGAUUGGACUUUCAACCAGGUUUUAGUCCAUCCUUUUGUAGAAGUUUCUUUUCAGCGAACAGUCUGCAGGACAACAGCAGCAGAGGGGCCAAACCCCAACUGGAAUGAGGAACUUGAACUUCCAUUUAGAGCUCCUAAUGGUGACUACAGCACCACAAGUUUGCAAUCAGUGAAGGAUGAAGUGUUCAUUAACAUUUUUGAUGAAGUACUCUAUGAUGUCUUAGAGGAUGAUCAUGAAAGAGGAAGUGGAAUCCACACUCAUGUUGAGAGACAUUGGCUGGGAUCUGUUCGGAUUCCGUUUUCUACCAUAUACUUUCAAACAAGGAUUGAUGGCACAUUUAAGAUAGAUAUUCCUCCAGUACUCCUUGGCUACAGUAAAGAAAAGAACCUAGGAAAUGAGAGAAGUUAUGAUUCUGUCCGAAGUCUGAGCGAGGGGUCCUACCUAACAGUGUUUAUUACUAUUGAACCACAGCUUAUUCCUGGAGAUCCAGUUCGAGAAAAGAUGAAUGAAAUGCUUAAGAAGUUUGAUACCCAAGAAGAUGAGAAGUUGCUCCAAGCAGCAGAGAAGUAUCAGGCUGAAUGUGCAUUGAAGUUUCCAAGCCGCCAAUGCCUGACAACUGUAGUCGACAUAAAUGGGAAAACAGUUUUUAUUACCAGAUAUAUCAAACCUCUGAACCCACCACAGGAGCUCCUUAAUGGUCAUCCUAAUAAUUCUCAGGCAGCAGCAGAGUUGGUGGCUCGAUAUGUUUCUUUGAUUCCUUUCUUGCCAGAUAGUGUGUCAUUUGCUGGAAUCUGUGACUUAUGGAGUACAUCAGAUCAAUUUCUUGAUCUUCUGGCUGGUGAUGAGGAGGAGCAUGCUGUGCUUUUAUGUAAUUACUUUCUUUCUAUGGGCAAAAAAGCCUGGCUGAUAAUUGGAAAUGCUAUUCCUGAGGGGACAACUGCAUAUGUAUUAACUUGGGAGCAAAAUCAGUAUGUGAUUUGGAAUCCCAGUAAUGGACGUUGUUAUGGACAGUUUGAUACUUUCUGUCCAUUGCAAAGUGUGGGCUGUUUGAUUAGCUUCGAUAAUAUCUGGUUUAAUAUCCAACAAUAUGAUUCCCCAGUAAGGAUAAAUUUUGACAUCAGCAAACCCAAAUUAUGGAAAUCUUUCUUUUCACAAAGCUUACCAUACCCUGGUCUCUCAAGUGUUCAGCCUGAAGAAUUAAUUUACCAGCAUAUAGACAAGGCUGCUGCAUUAGAACUGCAGGGCAGGAUCGAAAAGAUACUGAAAGAGAAGAUUAUGGAGUGGAGGCCAAGGCAUCUAACUCGUUGGAACAGAUACUGUACCUCCACGCUCCGUCAUUUCCUGCCUCUCCUGGAACAGUUCCAAGGAAAAGCUGUAGAAGAUGACCACCAGGCAGAACUGCAAAAACAGCUGGGAGAUUACAGGGUUUCUGGAUUUCCUAUUCAUAUGCCAUUUUCUGAAGUGAAACCUUUAAUAGAAGCUGUGCAUAGUACUGGAGUCCAUACCAUCGAUGUUUCAAAUGCAGAAUUUGCUCUAGCAGUAUACGUCCAUGCUUAUCCCAAAAAUGUUCUCUCUGUGUGGAUUUACAUUGCUUCACUUGUUCGUAAUAGAUAAAAGUUUAGACUGGAAUAAAGGCACUCAAUGAGACAGCAACUCCCUAUCAGAGAAACGCUUUAGUGUAAAAAAAAAAAAAAACAUUGUCUCCAAUUAUACAUAAGGGAAUUGUUUGGAGUAUUGUUCACACCCCCUAACAGUGAAGGUGAAAAAGCAUAGUAGUAUUCUGGAUAUUGCCUCUGUAGAGAUUCUGAGGCGCUUUUCAGUCCUUGGCUUUUUGCCUGCAAAGAGAUUAUGUGCAUGCUGGCUUUUGCCUCUGUAUACUAUGAAACACUAUGUAUGGAGCAGAGCCAUUCUCCGGCUUGUACAUAGUUGUGAGGGUAAAAAUGCCAGUAGACACUGGCAGCCUAUACCUGCUAAGCCUCCCAGCCCUGGUACUUUCUGAGCUGCUGUUAGGGUGGGAGAUUUCCCCCCAAAAUAUUAAUGGUAGACCUAGCUUCACCCCUCCCUCCCAUCCAGGCAUGGCCUCAGCAGCUUGGGUAAAACACCUAAAGGAGGAACUCUGCCUACCCACUUUCAGCUGACACCAACCUGUAUGCAUCCUAUGUUGAUGGUUCCAAAACUCUGUCCAGCUCCAAAACAUUCUGUUAGUCUAUAAGAUGCUACAGGACUCUUUGCUGCUUUUACAGAUCCAGACUAACAGGGCUAUGCUAUGUCCAGUGAAGUUACUUCAGUCAAGAGACUGUGACGAAGUUGGGUUUUAUUCAUCUUGUGAUGUUACAUGUGAGUCUAGGGUGACCAGAUGUCCUGAUUUUAUAGGGACAGUCCCUAUUUUGGGGUCUUUUUCUUAUAUAGGCUCCGAUUACCCCCCACCUCCAUCCUGAUUUUUCACACUUGCUGUCUGGUCACCCUAUGUUUCUUACUGUCAUAUACUAAUAUUGUGUGUGCCUCAGUUUUCCUGUGUACUGUACCAAUAUUUCGGUGGUGAGAAUUUGGUGUGUGAUUUUUGCUGAGGCCCUCAGGGCAGGUGAGGCUGCCCAGCAGUCUGCACCUAUGCUAUGGCAGUGCCCUUUGUAACCUGAGACCUGGGAGGGGUUGUGACCAGGUGACACCUUUUUGCCCGGGAAGCAGGACAAAGAGGAGGAGGAGGAGCAGCUGGUGUGUCAGAGGUCAGCUCAUUAGAAGUUGGGCCACCUGGAAGAGGAGGAGUCCAGACUGUCUGGCUCAGGACUUCCCAAGAUGGACUUGACUAAAAGUCACUGAUUUCUGUGAUAGCAAGCUCUGUUCUAUGCUGUGUUCCUGUCAACUAAUAAACCUGUUCUGCAUGCUGGCUGAGAGUCACUGCUGACUGCAGGAGUUGGGGUGCAGGGCCCUCUGGCUUCCCCAGGAGCCUCACCCGAGACACGCUGCGGGAAGCACAUGGGAGGAAGGGGAUACUGAAUGGUCUGAAGUCAGACCCAAGAAGGUCGAAGCUGUGUAAGCUUCUUGCCCUGGUGACAAUAUGCUCAGAGAGAGCAGGCAUGCUACACCACAGUCCUGACUGGCUUCGUAUGGAGUAGUUCCAGAGCAUUGGCUCCACGACAACAGGUGGCAGAGGUGGGAUGAGCUGCACGCCAUGGACAAAGCAUUCUGCAGUAAGUGACUGGGGAGCAGUAAAACAAAGAGGGAUUAGUGAGAGACAGGCAUGCUGGCGGCUCAGAGAAGUGUGGUUCUAGGGGAUGGAGGAGCCUAUGGCUUAACCCUGAGAGAGAAUGGACUCCUGAAAAGGGCUGUCGCACUGAAGGGGUUCUCCCAGGGACAGUGAGGAGCUGCGAGAGCAUCACCCUGUGAGUCCCUUGGCAACUGCGAAAGGAUGGCUUAUAACCAUCUCCUUAAGAACACUAGAGCUGUGCUGAGGGAGAGGGCUGUGAACUGGAAGAUUCACCAAGACACAACUAAUUGCUUAGUUGGAGAAUCAUCGCUCUAAGGAGCUGGUUCCUGAACCAGCUGGGGCCAUGAGAGAGGCUGGGAGCAGCCAGGCAGCCUCAGGGGUCACCCCAGCCACCAACCCAACCAGGGCUGCUGGGAGGCACUGAAAGCAGCCAGGCGAUCCCAGCACCCGUGCACCCGACAAGCAGGGGUAGGUUCCCCGUUGGUGGAGCUGAGAAGGUUAGAGUUGGAAAUGGAACUGGAACUGAAAAAGCUGGAGGACCAUGAGAAGAAACCGGAGGACCGUGAGAGACAGAGGCAGCCUGAAUUGGUGAUGGCGGAGCUGAAAAGCAGAGAGACCCCUACCAUGGUGCGUGGGGAUGGUCCCAAAGCCCCCAGGGAACGCUGAUAUAAAAGUGCUGCCUCAGUUUAAGGAAGGGGGAUGAUAUAGAUGCUUUCCUCACUGCCUUUGAGAAGGCCUGCAAGGUGGACCAGGUUGACCCUGCAGACAGGCUUCAGCAUCUCACCCCAUUACUAGGUCCCAAGGCCAUAGGGAUGGGGUGGAAGCAGGAGCCUAUGAACUGUUCAAACAAGCCCUGCUAUGCAAGUUUGAGCUGACCCGCGAGGCGUACAGGAAAAGGUUCUGGAGUAUGCGAAGACCCAGAGGAUGACCUGUCUGGAACUGGCCACCCUGAUGGGGGAAUAUACCCGUGUGUGUGACUGGGGCUGGGGCGCAAACCAAGGAGGACGUGAUUGAACUGGUGGGGCUGGAGUGACUAGAUGAACUCUGUCCCCCGACCUGAGGAUGUAGCUGGUGGAUGAGCAGUCGAAAGACCUGGCCACGCAGGGUUGCUGCUAUGGAAUGGAAUCCCAGGGUGAUAGGCCCACAUCAGUACAGAGGGAGAAUCACCCAGGGCCUCCCCAGAAAGAAGACUUAGCUAAAUUCUUCCUGAGAGGCACAGCCAAUACCAGAGCUGACCAACUGUCUCCCGAGGACUAAUGGGACAAGAGGUGUAAUUAAUGGAGGCAGAAGAGCCACAGAUGGAUCUGGUGCCAAAAGGUCAGGGACAGGAUGAGCAAACCGAGCCCUCAAAGGGUUAAGUGGGUGGGAGCUCAGCCAGAGGAGGGGCUGGAAGUUUAGCAAUGGCCCAAGAGUGAGGCAUCUCCCCAGCCAGCUCCUUUGGGAGGCUUGAUGCUCUGGAUUCAAAGUUUUCUAUUUACAGGGUCGGUGCAGGAUGGCCCCUGAGGAGCAAGGGCCUCCUUUCCCUGCACAUGGCUGGGAAGCAGGUCACUGGGUAUUGGGACAUGGGCACUCAGGUAGUACUGGCCUGGCCCUAGGGGGUGACCCCAGACCAGGUGGUCCCAAUACCUACCUGAGCCAGAUGGAUGUAGGCGGGUCCCUAUUUAAGGUAUCUGUGGUGAGGGUAUGUCUGAAAUGGAUGGGCCUCAAAGAUGUGGGGGUGCACUAGCAGUCACCAGCUGAGGUAUUGUGGCGAGUGACCUGGCAGAUUGGUCAGGUGGCCCCCAGAAGGCCCUAGUCAUUACCUGUAGCCAGAGCCAGUGGGGCAAUCUGCCCUGACACUGGGGAGGGUAUCCUACAGGAGCUGCAUGGCCCUACCGUGGCAGGAAGGGAGUCACCAGGGACAGUACGUGGUGGGGCUGCGGCCUUGGGCACAGCUAGUGAGAGAGAGCUGGUCCCCAUCCCUUCCCCAGCCACUGAAUUCCAGGUCAAGCUGCAGCAGGAUCCCUCCUUAGAGAAGCUGAGGGAACUUAACAACUGCAGCAAGCUGCUGGGAAGGAUUCUGCUGGGAGAAGGGAUUCAUGUUCCGGGAAUGGGCUCCCCCAGGGGAAGUGGAACAGUGGGGGAUCAGGAUGCAGCUUGUAGGGCACCCGGAAGUACCACCGCAGGCUACUGUAUCUGGCCCGUGAUGUCCCUCUCUUGGGACACCAGGGAAUCCAGCGCACCAGACAGAGGCUGCUAUAGAACUUUUACUGGCCUCGAGGCUUUGAUGCUGUCCAACAGUACUGCAGGUCCUGCACCCCCUGCCAAAGGUGGGUAAGACCCAGGACAAUAGAAAAGCACCUUUGAGGCCCCUGCCCAUCAUAGAGGAGCCUUUUCAGAAAGUGGCCGUGGACACAGUGUGGCCCUCAGCAAGGUGACUUGGA